AAGUUGAGCCACUGAACCUGUGGAAGUCGCGAGGAACUCUGCUCUGCGCAGUGGAUAAACUUUUGUCACUAUGGUGACCACAAAUUUAUAAAAUAAAAUAAAAAACCCGGCACCCAUAUGACAUGAUGUGAAUAUAAAUUAAAAUAUACCUAAAUAUAAAAUAACUCUUACACUGAAAAGGUAGUUAUUUGCGAGGGAUUUUUCCCUUUUGAGAAAUUUCAAUCUUUCUUUUAAAAGGAACAAAUAGAAAGGUGAUACACACACGUGCAAAUUAAUACUGGCGACCAAACGAAAUAUUAUUUAAAAGCCUAUACCGCAAUCAGCUAUGUUUUUGCAGAAUUUCGUCUUUUUAAUUUUUUCAUACUUUUUUGCGCUGCUGUUGGUAUGUCAUCUGCCUCGAAUAUCCGGACAGAAGUCAACCGGUCCACGGUGGCUGAUCGGUGACCGGGAGGCCCACUGCAGCGUCGUCUGCUCGCGGACGCAGGGCAAGCCGGUCUGCGGCUCGGAUGGGCGGAGCUACGACAACGGGUGCGACCUGCAGAAGGCGCGGUGCAAGGACCGCUCUCUCACCCUGGCGCACCGCGGGCGCUGCAGAGGCACGGUCAUUUCAGGUAAAAACUGGGUGCGGAUUGGCCAGCCACCUGCGGCUCCUGCACCAACGUCAUCCCCGGAGGGGAAGGACCUGGCGCUGAGAGACGCGGGGCAGUCGAAGUGCCGCGUGGAGCGGAGCCAGGCGCUGGAGCAGGCCAAGCGGCCGCAGGAGGCCAUCUUCAUCCCCGAGUGCAAGGACGACGGGUCCUUUGCCCAGGUGCAGUGCCACACCCUGACGGGGUACUGCUGGUGCGUCACGUCGGACGGCAAGCCCGUCAGCGGGUCUUCGGUCCACAACAGGACUCCCACAUGUUCAGGAAACUUCCGUGAAUUUAUGGGAACUCAUGCUGGGACAAGUGGACUGUCAGGGUCAGUAACCGAUAAGCCACCGGGGCCGCCUAGCUCGGGGAGAAAAGUCUCUUUCCGUUUCUUUCUCACCCUGAACCCAGAUGACGGGUCGAAACCCACCCCCACCAUGGAGACGCACGUGGUCCCAGAGGGUGACGAGAUCACUGCCCCCACUUUGUGGAUCAAGCAGCUCGUGUACAAGGAAAAGAACAGUUCAAGCACCAGGAAGCCAGAGAAAGUUCCUUCUUGUGACCAGGAGAGGCAGAGUGCCCUGGAGGAGGCCCGGCUGAACCCCAGGGAGGCCAUCUUCAUCCCGGACUGCGGCCCGGGGGGCACGUACCUGCCCGUCCAGUGCCACCAGUCCACGGGCUACUGCUGGUGCGUUCUGGUGGACACUGGCCGGCCCAUCCCCGGCACCUCCACCAGGUACCAGACCCCUGAGUGUGACAGCACUGCUCGCUCACGCACUACUGAGUCAGAGGAUCCCUUUCGGGAGAGAGACCUGCCAGGCUGUCCAGAGGGAAAGAAAGUAGAAUUCAUCACCAGCUUGCUAGACGCUCUCACCACUGACAUGGUGCAGGCCAUAAACUCGCCAGCGCCCUCUGGUGGUGGGAGGUUUGUGGAGCCCGACCCCAGCCACAACCUGGAGGAGAGGGUGGUGCACUGGUACUUCGCCAAGCUGGACAACAACGGCAGCCACGACAUCAACAAGAAGGAGCUGAAGCCGCUCAAGCGCUACGUGAAGAAGAAGGCCAAGCCCAAGAAGUGCGCUCGCAAGUUCAGCGACUACUGCGACCUCAACCAGGACAAGGCCAUCUCCCUGCCGGAGCUGAAGGGCUGCCUGGGCGUCAGCAAGGAUGGAGGCGGCUCAGUGAGCGGCAUCAGCCCGGGGACAAGGCAAGGGACUCGUUUGUUCAUAGGUCGUCUGGUGUGAAGGGGGAUGGGUCUCGCAGCUGAGGCGGGGAGCAGGCGGUGCAGAGCGAGAGCAUCUCUGUGCGUUCAUCCACAGAGAGAGGGACAGCAGAAAACAGAGAGGAAAAAAGUUCCAGUUCUAAUAAAGAAGUGGCACCAAAAUAUUUGCACUUUCUCCUCCCAAUGUUAAGUAUUCUACAUGUUUUUUUUUCCAUUUGAAAGUACGACUUAAAAGUCAGUACAGAAAUAUUGAUUGAUUUUAAAGAGCAAUGCUGAUAGAGAAUUUAAAUGAUUUAAAAGGAGGAAAUUACUUGUCUUUACGUUCAGCUGUGCUGUUCCUCCCAACCAAUGGGGUUUGCCACAGCUAAUUUGUAGGGCAUCACUAAAAUUAACCUCAUUGGCUGUUGACUCUGCAGCAUGUAAUCAGCUACCUAAAAAACCUGAGCAAUCCAAGGCCACGUUCAUGGCUAAAACAAGAUGAUUUCGGCAAGCUUUAAACUGUUCGAUGUACUUUUAAAAAAAGUGACACACUGCUAGGACCGUGUCAGUCUAUAGUCCACGUUUAAUCUGGAAUCUGGCCAUGAUUUCAACCCUUUGUAUGUCACAAUAUUUAUUUUCACUGGUUUGUUACAUCUCACAGAAAUGAACUAGUUUUAAAGCC